UUUGAUCAUAUUAGUUGCGUUGCGCAUGCUCUGUGUUGUGGCGGGGAAUGCUAUGAAAUUGAAAGGAAAUGUGUUUCGAAGAGUUCACAUAUUAUGUUACUGAUCAUCAUCAUCGGAAAACGCGAAUAACUUGUCAAUGCACUCUGUCCCAAGUUUUAUGGCAGUGCACAUGUUCAACAUAAAAAAAGUGUGCCUGAGCUUCACAUAGCUAACAAGAGCAUUAGUUUCCAAGAAGCUUUAGUAUUAUUAGAACGUGUAACAGAAACACAUGGCAAAUGGACUGAACUGAAAUAUGCACCACUCCACACAAGCAAUAAAGCCUACAAAACAAAGUUGCAGCAGGAAGGCAAGAAACUCUAACUGGUCCUUGGUGAUGGUUCAGUGAAACAUAAUUCUUAUUAGCAACAACCAUAUAUUACAUAAAGUAAUGAUAGUUUGCCACAAGGGAAAUCUUCAUUUGCUUGCAUUUCUGAAGAUAAGAAAGAAGCAAGGCUCUGCAUUGACCACGCUUGGGUGACACACGGCUACCUCCUGUGCCAUGAUGACCCACCUCAGUGUUGGUGCUGCACCCAGCUGACAGUGGCCCGUAUCUUGAUACAUGGAUGUCACUCAUUCAUAGCAGUGAGAGGUCAGUGGUUCAGGAAGCAUACAGAAGUCCAUAGCACUGUAGGAAAAUCCAAGUGACAAAUGUACACUAACCACAGCACAUGGGGAAAUGGCGUAGCAGUAUGUGUAUACACACCCACAACUGCAAAAGGGUUUGGCAUGGUCCAAGAGAUGAAUAAAUAUUCACAAACUAAAGACCUGAGCAGUCCCUCAGAAGACAGUGGAUGUGCAGAAGUUACUGGUUGUUCCUCAGAGGAUUUUUCAAGAACCUCAUUUGAUCGUUCCAUUAGAAACCCAUUCUAUAUCAGCUAUGUGGACAGACUGAGAUAUCCAUUAUGCAGUCCUUCUCUUUUCAAAAGCACUGGAAAAACGAGAGCUGAUGUCAACAGAGAAACUGGUAUAUCAUCAUUGAUAUCCUGUGAUUUUGAUGAAAGUGAGAGCGUAAUUUUUGAUGAAACAUUGGAUCCUGAGACUGAAAAAGCAGCUCAAGAAGCCAUUUCAAAGUUUUUUGAAGAUGAAUCUAAAGAUCUCUUUGUCACACCUGACAAAGUGGUAAAUUCAUUUUUAUUAAAUCCAGAAGAGGAGCGGAAUGAUGAUGAUAUUUCUUUGCCAUAUACCUGUGACCCAUCAACUCUUCAGCAUGAUAUUAAUCUUAGUACCACUUGGGCACAAACAAACAUCACAUUCCCUCCAAAUCUACCUGAGGAAGUUGAGGCAGCCUUAGCUUCAUACAGAAAGCAAGAUGAAAAUGAGCUUCUGAAGUUAGCUACAUGCAGAGUAUGUGAUACAGAAUGUGGGAGACACUCACAAGGUACUCAGACUGAUGACCAGGAAAUGAAUCUCAGAAGUGUUAAAACACUUGAAAGUAGUUCUCAGACAGUUCUGAGCCUCUCGAAAAGACUGCCAGAAGCAAUGGAAGCCCUAUUAUCUACGUAUGAAACGUUCAUUGAGGAAAUCUGCACUGAUAUAAGGAUGUCUAUGAUGAAACGUCAACUGUUCAGUGAACAUUGUGCUUCAUCUCCGCAGUUACAUAGUAGCAGUCCUCUGUCAAUGUUAAAUGAUACUAGUCCUCCACAGAGUGGGUCAUCAUUUACACCUCAGUGUGCUGCUGUCAGGUUAAGACACCAUGGGUCCCCAAUGGGUGACAUUUUAUCACCCACAGGUGUGUCACCUAUUGCAAGACCUUCAAGGGCAAACAGAUUUCUAUCAAAAUUGGAUUUUGUUAAUUGUCAGUUUGAGAGAGCAUCGUCAAUGUCUCCUCCAGCAUUCUUGCGACUGAAAGGUUCAGUUUUUCCUAUGUCAGAAGAAGAUGAAAACUCACAAAGGAACUAAGAAGCCACUUGUAAUGCAUGUUGUGAAAAUAGGAAUUGAUCUAUUUUUGCUGUUCAUUGUAAUGCAUUUUUAAUCAUGUGCCAUCUUUGUGGAGUGUUUAUGGAAUUAGUAUUUAAUGGUGUACACUAGUUUUAAAAUUUUAAACUUGCCUAACAAUUGGGUUGUAAUAGAAAAUGGCAUUGAAACUGUUAUAUGUGGGGUACUCUGCAGCUUGUAAGUAUUUGUUAAAAGGUAUCAUGCUGUGCACUAUGAGCUCCAUAAAAAAAAGCCAGACCAGUAUUAAUGCACCAUCACCAGUGGCAUCCACCCAAAUUCCAGUCUGACAAUUAAGUAUUUGUAAAUGCAGUUGAUGAUGCACAGCAAAAUGUCUUUUAACAGAAACUUACAGUAUAUUACAAUCGGCAAUUAUUUUUAAAUCAAGUUAUACAAGAAAUUCUAGAAUGACUGAUACAUGAAUUUCAAAGGAAAUGUGGUGAAUAUUGUGAAAUGACUAUUUCCAUUUAUUGGAACUGCUACUGUGCAUUGAGUUGGAAUAUCAAGAAGUUCUAGCUAUAUUUGAUAUUUGGAACUGAAACAAUGCUUGUUGAAUAUUGGCACUAUUUAUAUUUGCGAGAAUUGUUGUAAUAAUAUAGUUCACAGUUCAGUGUCGGAAGCAUUUUACACUUUGGAUGCAGUGCCAGUUUAUAUUUUAAAGUUCUGAUUUAGUAAAUCAUGUAAUGAAUUUUAUAGUACUGAAAAUGAAU